AUGACCGCAACCCACGAUCUAGAUGGCAAAGUCGCAGUCGUCACCGGCUCCAGCCGCGGCAUUGGUGCUGCCAUAGCCCUCAAACUCGCCCAGCGUGGCGCCGCCCUCGCCAUUAACUACCGCACCUCCGCGGAGGCCGCCGACGCCGUAGCGUCGCAGAUCCGCGCGCUCGGCGUUCGUGCCAUUACCGUGCAAGCCGACGUCUCAGACCAGGCUGCCGUGCGUGCGCUGUUCGACACAGUGGUCCGCGAGCUGGGCCGGGUGGAUAUCGUGGUCAGCAACGCAGGGAUCGAGCACUUCGGUGCCGUGGACACCGUCACGGACGCGGACUUCGACGCCGUGUUCGCGGUGAACGUCAAGGGCCAGUAUUUCGUGGCACAGGCGGCUGCAGCGCAUAUGGCAGAUUUCGGGCGAAUUAUGUUGACGUCGUCGAUUUCGGCGGUGAAGGGCGUACCCCGGCACGCCGUUUACGCCGCAUCCAAGGCGGCAGUUCAGGGCCUGACGCGCUGUCUGGCGGCGGAUCUGGGCCCGCGCAACAUCACAGUCAACUGCAUUGCAGCGGGUGGCGUAAAGUCGGACAUGUACGACGAGAACGCGCGCAAGUAUAUCCCUGGCGGGGCCGACAUGACGGACGGGCAAGUCGAGGCGCUGCUGUCAAAGUGGUCGCCGCUGGGGCGGGUCGGGGUGCCCGAGGAUGUGUCGGGAGUGGUGGCGUUGAUUGCGAGCCCGGAUGCGCAGUGGCUGACAGGACAGACCUUCCAUGUGUCUGGAGGAGCAUAUAUGACAUAG